UCUAUCUUCUUAUCCAGAGGCUGGGAGGCCAAUAGGAGGCAUGCCAGCUGCUAUGAUUGGUGAAUAAAGAACAAAACAAAGAAGCUGCUUCAUAGAGCAAACACUCCUUCUCUUCUCCGCCUAUGGCGUCCACGUUGGGCACUUCAAUUGCUCUUCUGCCUUCACGCUAUUUCUCUUCUUCUUCUUCUUCUUCUUCUGCUUCUUCCAAGCCUUCCGUUCACACUCUCUCUCUAACCUCAGGGCAGAGCUAUGGGCGGAAGUUUUAUGGAGGAAUUGGAAUCCACGGCAUAAAGGGAAGGUCUCAGUUCUCAGUUUCAAGUGUUGCUACUGAGGUUAACUCUGUAGAACAGAAUCAGAGUACUGCUGCUAAAGAAAGCCAAAGACCAGUGUACCCGUUUGCUGCCAUAGUUGGACAGGAUGAGAUGAAACUCUGUCUCCUCCUUAAUGUGAUUGAUCCUAAGAUUGGAGGCGUGAUGAUCAUGGGGGACAGGGGAACAGGGAAAUCCACAACGGUUCGGUCAUUGGUUGAUUUACUUCCCGAAAUCAAGGUUGUUGCUGGUGACCCCUAUAACUCAGACCCAGAAGAUCCAGAAUUCAUGGGUGUUGAGGUGAGAGAGCGUGUACUACAAGGAGAGAAUCUUUCUGUGGUGUUGACGAAAAUUAACAUGGUUGAUUUGCCAUUGGGAGCUACAGAAGAUAGAGUGUGCGGAACAAUUGACAUUGAGAAAGCAUUGACUGAGGGUGUGAAGGCAUUUGAGCCUGGACUACUGGCUAAAGCUAAUAGGGGAAUCCUAUAUGUUGAUGAAGUUAACCUUUUGGAUGAUCACUUGGUGGAUGUGUUGUUGGAUUCUGCUGCAUCAGGAUGGAACACAGUGGAGAGAGAGGGAAUUUCUAUCUCACAUCCUGCACGCUUUAUCCUAAUUGGCUCGGGCAACCCUGAAGAAGGGGAGCUCCGGCCCCAGCUGUUGGAUAGGUUUGGAAUGCACGCUCAAGUUGGAACUGUCAGGGAUGCUGAGCUCAGAGUGAAGAUUGUGGAGGAGAGAGGUCGAUUUGACAAGAACCCAAAGGAGUUUCGUGAUUCGUACAAAGCUGAGCAAGAUAAGCUCCAGGACCAAAUUUCCUCAGCAAGGAGUGUUCUUUCUUCUGUUCAAAUUGAUCAAGAUCUCAAGGUGAAAAUCUCCAAGGUGUGUGCAGAGUUGAAUGUGGAUGGACUAAGAGGAGACAUUGUAACAAAUAGGGCUGCAAAAGCUCUUGCUGCUCUGAAGGGAAGAGACAAAGUAAGUGCAGAGGAUAUUGCUACUGUCAUUCCCAACUGCUUGAGACACCGUCUUAGAAAGGAUCCCUUGGAGUCAAUAGACUCAGGUUUACUUGUCACUGAGAAAUUUUAUGAGGUUUUCAGCUGAGAGUCAUAGUUAUAAUAACACGGUCUUUAUGCUGCGCUAUUCAGCUACUUUGUUUACAUUUUACCUUUCCUUUCCUGAGAGGAUUUUCAUUGUCCUUAAACAUUAGUAAGAUUCAUGAAUUCCUCUUAUACAGGAAAUUCCGAGUUUAAGUGUAAGAGUCAUUCACUAUUUUCUUCUCCAUUUGUAACAAGCUAGGGGUUUCCAGGCUGUGAUUCCUAUAUUAGCAUAAAUUUGAAAAAAAAAUUAAAAGUUACUUUUUUCUCAAAA